UACAAAAUGUUCAAAAAAGCAAGAUGGGUAAAUAUUGAAUUUUGUACAUGAUAUAGUGACCCAUAUGAUCAGAUGUAAACAAACUUUUUCCUUUUUUUAGAUAGUAAUUAAUUGAAUAGUUCGUUAAUAAUAUUACCAUGGUUAUUAAAUAAAUAAUAUACAUUAUUCAUUGGUUAUUUCAGAUCAUGUCUGAAGGUGGUAAAAAGGAGUGGACUACUGAAAAAAUUUGUACCCUCAUAGAUGCCUUGAGGGAACAUAGAAAUUUGUGGUACCCAAGGGAUGCCAACUAUAAAAAUAGGAUUGCAAAAGUGGAUUCACAUAAACAAAUUGCCCAAUUGUUUGACACCAAUUACCUGGAAAUAGCCAGAAAAAUAAAAAACAUAACGUCACAAUACCUACGUGAAAGAAGAAACUAUAAAAAAAUAAAAAAAUCUGGCGCGGGUCAGAAUUUUAUACCCAGGUGGUUUGGUUAUAACGCAAUGAGUUUUAUGCAUGAUAAAAAUAAACCAAGAAAAGGCGUUCAAAUCGGUGGAGAAUAUGAGGAAAGUGAAUCUUCAGAUGACGACCCUCAAACGGAGACCCAAAAUUCUGUUGACAUCCAUGACCUCGAGGAUGAACCUGAAAGAUCUAAAGUUGAAAACUCUGCUACACCAUUGGAAACUGACAAGUUUUGUAUGCAAAAUGCUUCAACCUCAAAUGCACCUGAAAAUGAGUUUACAUCAAAAAACCAACCCAAAAAGAAAACCAAUAGAAAUGUGGAGAAAGACAAUGAAAGUGAAAGCACACAAGUAUUUAAUAUGAUGAAAUCAGUAUAUGAAAAAAAAGAGCGUGAUGAAUAUGACGUAUUUGGAGAGAUGGUAGCUAAUAAUAUUAGAAGCUUAAAAACUGAAUACUCAAGGAUUACUGUGCAACAGCAGAUUACAAAUAUAUUGUUUGAUGCUCGCAGGUCCCACCUUCCACAAAGCAGUUGCACCCCAAUGCUUUCACCUUCCACACCGUCAUGGGCUGUCAUAUCUGACAAUUCAUCAGCAAGUGCAAUGUCAGGACAGAAAGUUCAAGUAAUUACUUUAAGCGAGACAAAUGAUUUCAACCCAAUACAAGGAGAGACAAGUAUUUUAAAAGAAGCUUUUUCAUCACUUUUUCAGGACAUUAAUUAAAAAAAUAUGUAUUAAAAGUAAGUUAAAAUGUAUUAAUUUCGUUUUUCUUCUUAAUAAUCAGAAAUAAAUAAAA